AUGAUCAGUGUACAAGAUAUUCAGGUCAAUAACUUUGUGGUUUUUGAAGGCUUCUUCUUCAACAGAGCAGCUGCCCAGUUGAGAAAGGUUCCCCUAAAAAAGCCAGAUGGAGAGAUCAAACCCUACUCUUUAAUGGAGAGAGAAGUGGUACGUCAGGAGGAGAGGGCUCUUCCCUGGCCAUUUGCUCCUCCACACUCCCCCCAGCGAUCGGUAUCCUCCCAGUGCUCCCACUCCCUCAGUGUGGGAUCCUCCCCCAGCAGGGUAACCCCUCAAGCCGCCCCAGCUUCUGCCCUUGGGGCCAACAGGGACCACAGCCCAAAGUCCCCUCUCAUGGAGCGCUGCAGGGCAAGACGCACCAGCGAACAGGGUCUAGUAGCCAGAUGCAGCCUGUACAGUCGGCACAUGGACAGGAGAGCUGUUGGACUGCUGGACAGACACUUGCCAGGUCUGAGGCCAGUGGGGGAUCAGUCAUACGCGCUGGGAUACAAAGACACACACACGUUGGCCAGUAUUCACACAUUACAAAGCAGGUUCCAGCCUCUCUCAUUUCCACUUCUGUCUGCAUCCAAGAAGGAUGGCAUCUGCAGCCAGACCUCCUUAAACAGCAGAGACACACACCUGAAUACAGAGGCUGAAGCCUGUGUUGCUGAGGAGAAGAUCAGGGUGUUGGACAGUCCACAGUGUCAAGCAAUGUUGGUCAACCGGAGAAGCAGGAAUACAGGAGCACCUGGCCCUGGUGAUGGGGAGCUAGUUCUGUGAUGAUUGCUAAAAUUUAUAAAUUGUUUAAAUGUUGCUGCAAAAAAAAAACAUUUUGAAUUCUAGAGCCAUUCAUUACUUUCGGUCAAAUAUGUUCAGUUUUACAUUUAGAGGUGUUAAUCAGCAUUGGUGCAAUGAUUUCUUGGCCAAGUGCUGAGAGCUCCAACUUUUGAACUUUGCUUAAGGGCCCAAAGCAGCAAUAUUGAAGUGGAAGAGGGUAACUAAAUGAGUAUUAACUUACGCUAGUGGUUGCUGCUUAGUCUAAUGUUUCAGUAUACUUUAAAAAAAGUGCCUAAGAUUGUCUAACAGCGCUUCAAACCCCCUUUCCAAACGCAGAAUCAGAGGGCUGUGUCAAAUAAUUUUUGUAAGACAAAGCCAUUCAGAAGUGUGACACUUUGUUGUAGCAUUUGGGAACAACAUACUGUGCAAUGGUUACUGAAGUCAUCCAAAACUGAGCCACAAUCUGAGACAAAAAAUAUACUAGAGAACAUGUUGCGAUGGGAUCACACCAGCCGCGACGCCUGUUUACAUGUUGACGUUCUGACCCAUGAGUACUCAGUAGUUAUUACUACAUUAUUUCAUGAGUACUCAGUGCUCAUGUGUUGAACCACACCCAUCUUCGAACUUGGCUUUCAUUUUGAUCUCAACUACACACCUGUAAAGUUUUGUGACUGUAUCUUGCAUGAUUGUGACGCUGUCG